AGCAGCACCCACCGUCCACCGAGCGAAACUAGCGAAUUUUAGAAAUGGAAACUCCAUUGAUAGAAGAAGACCAAGAACAGAACCAGGUAACUAGAAAUAAAAGUAGUGUGUUGUUGAAGCAGGUAGGUGAAGAGUCCAAGAAGCUCUGGAACAUCGCAGGGCCAGCAAUCUUCACAGCCAUAUGCCAGUACUCGCUGGGCGCCAUCACUCAGGUGUUCGUUGGACAUGUUGGCACUCUUGAACUUGCCGCUGUUUCCGUGGAGAACUCCGUUGUUGCCGGCUUAGCCUUUGGUGUCAUGUUGGGAAUGGGGAGCGCAUUGGAGACGCUGUGUGGCCAAGCAUUUGGAGCAGGAAAUCUUAGGAUGCUGGGAAUUUACAUGCAAAGAUCAUGGGUCAUUUUGCUCUGCACCGCUCUUGUUUUGGUCCCUGUAUAUGUCUUCUCUCCUCCUUUACUGAGGCUCCUAGGCCAGACUGCCCAGAUUUCAGAUGCCGCCGGGGUAUUCGCUCUGUGGAUGAUUCCUCAGUUGUUUGCAUAUGCCCUUAAUUUCCCAAUACAAAAGUUUUUGCAAGCACAAAGAAAAGUCAUGGUAAUGGCUUACGUCUCCGCAAUUGUUUUGGUAAUACACGUGGUGCUUAGUUGGUUGGUCACGCUGAAACUUGGAUGGGGCCUGGUCGGUGCGGCCUUCACCCUCAACUUAUCGUGGUGGCUCGUCGUUCUUGGUCAAUUACUCUACAUUUUCAUUUGGAAAUCAGAUGGUGCUUGGACUGGUUUCUCUUUGCUAGCUUUUGCAGACCUGUAUGGGUUUGUCAAGCUUUCCUUGGCGUCCGCAAUAAUGCUAUGCUUGGAGUUCUGGUACUUGAUGUUAAUAAUAGUGAUAACAGGACAUCUAAAGAACCCAUUGAUACCAGUCGAUGCCAUUUCCAUCUGCAUGAACAUAAACGGAUGGGAUUUAAUGAUUGCAAUUGGAUUCAACGCUGCCAUAAGUGUGAGAGUAUCAAAUGAACUUGGAGCCAGUGAUCAUCAAGCAGCAAAGUUCGCUGUAAAAGUGGUGUCUGUGACAUCCGUGAUCAUAGGACUGAUUGCCAUGCUUUUGAUUAUGACAACAAGAAUCUACUUCCCUGUUCUGUUCACCAGCAAUGUUGAAGUCAUGAAAGAAGUUUCCAAGCUUUCUAUCUUGUUAGGUGUCACUGUGCUUCUGAACAGCCUCCAACCAGUCUUGUCUGGGGUUGCUAUUGGAGCUGGUUGGCAAGCAAUCAUAGCAUACGUCAACAUUGCAUGCUAUUAUAUUGUUGGUUUACCUAUUGGCCUAUUACUAGGGUUCAAAUUUGAUUUUGGGGUUGAGGGCAUUUGGGGAGGAAUGAUUGGUGGAAUUCUUUUGCAGACCAUAAUCUUAGUGAUAAUCACUUUACGCACUGAUUGGAAGAGGGAGGUCUCACAAGCAGAGAACCGAAUCAAAAAGUGGGGAGGAUCAACAGGGCAGGAUUGAUAUCCCGCGCACUAAACUUUUAGCUACAUUGGUGUCAUUUAUGGUGGCAGUGGUGGAUUUGAUUGUCUUCAUCAAGAUUAACACAUCACUUGUGAAUUUUUCAUUGAAAUUAUGUUAUCAACAUAAUAUUAUGCGUAGGAAUAUUAAUUAUGAGUUUCUUUUCAAAAAAAAAAACAGAAUAUUCAUGUUUUUCAAUUGACAACUAUCAGUAUCUCUAGAGAAAAGCUCCAAUAAACCGUAUGGUACUGAGAGAAGCCGGUGUAUGUGUAACCUCCUAAGAAAUGAGUACUAUGAGGCUGGUAGAGACGGGKCUUUUUCUUUU